AUGGGAGCUUCAGGGACUACUUUUACUGUUGUCAACGACUGUGGCUUCACUGUUUGGCCUGUAAUCUCAGGUGGCCUUUUUUAUCUCAAUAUCACCGGAUUCGAGCUUAAAAAGGGUACAACCCGCUCCUUCCAAGUUUCCACAAAUUGGGAGGGUAGCAUCUGGGGUAGAACAGGUUGCACCUUCAAUGGGUCCGGUAGUGGCUCCUGUGCUACUGGUGAUUGUGGUUCCAGUAAAAUGGAGUGCAAUGGAACAACAUUCCCUACACAACCGGUUACUGUUGGAUAUUUCAAUAUGGGAAGCUACCAUGUGUCUUAUAAUGUUAGCAUCGUCAACGGGUACAACUUACCGAUGACCAUAGAGCCGACUGGCGAUUGCUUGAAGACAGGUUGUGCUAAUGAUCUGAAUGAACGUUGCCCACGGGAGCUGAUGUUUAAGGGUGGAGAAGGGUGUCAGAGUGCUUGCCAGGUCUUUCCCUCGCAGUACCACUGCUGUGAGGGCUCAUGCAACACGACAUCAUAUGGUCGGUUGUUCCAUUUGGCAUGCCCAAAAUCCAUUGCCUAUGAGUAUUAUAGAGAGGAUUAUUAUUGUGAGGGUAGUGAUUACACUGUCAGGUUUUGUCCCCCAGCAGACGUGUUUUCAACAAUAAAGCUUGGUGGCUCACUCAAGUAUGACGACCAGCUUGUUUCCAUUGGUGGGAGAUUCACGUUGGGGUUCUUCAACAAAAAUUACACUUACUUGGGAAUUUGGUACACCAAUGACAUAGAAUCCAGAAAAGUAUGGGUUGCCAAUCCUAAUAAACCAAUCUCAGGCUACAAUGCGCUCUCCAUCGACCCCAACACCGGAAACUUAAUCAUCACUUCAGAAGGGGAAAUUUUGAUGAAUAUCACUGAUGUUCAAGCAGGUCAGAACCCGAACGUGUCUGCAAUCCUUGAAGACAAUGGUAAUUUCCGGCUGAUCAAUGAAAUCGACAAGAGGGUUUUGUGGCAGAGUUUUGACCACCCAAGCAACGUACUUUUACCAGGUAUGAAGCUUGGAUAUGACCUGAAAACAGGACAGAACUGGACCCUCACUUCUUGGGUGAGUAAUGAAAUUCCAAAUUUGGGAGCUUUUACUUUGAGCUGGGAACCCACUGAUGAAACAUCUCAGAGAUUAAUAAUUCGACAAAGAGGCCAGCCCUACUGGACUAGUGGAAAUCUAAAAGAUCAAUCAUUCCGGAAUAUAAUCCCAUACCAGGGUGAUAAACUCAUGUCUACACACAGCAACAAAGAACGAUACUUCAGCUACAACAGAGAUCGCUUUGACUAUGAGGAUGUUGAUGCUCCUUUACGCAUGUGGGUUCUAACACCGGAGGGGCGAAUAGAUGUUGGUGCUAAAGCGGAUGCAAAAAUCCAUGAAUUUUGCUAUGGGUUUAUCACCGGCGGUUGCAUGGAGUCAACUUUGCCUCGGUGCAGGAGAGAGGAUCAUAUGUUUAGUUACCAAAAUGGUGAUUUUUCUCAUCAGCUGACAUACAAGGCUAUCGAUAGUAACACGAGCCUAAGCAUAAGUGAUUGUUUUGUCAAGUGCUGGAAUGAUUGCCUCUGUGUUGGCUUUAUUAAUGGUAGCACCAAUGGAACUGGCUGUACCUUUUGGAGAGGAAGAGAUGGCUUUACAGAUAACCCGCUUAAGAAUUCUACAUGGAUGUAUGUGAUACGUUCCCCAAAUUCACCAGGAAAGGUGCCCAAAAUUAUAGGAAUGAUAAUAUUGCUAGUCAUGGGCUCAUCCAUUCCACUGGUAUUCCUCCGUUUGGGGCUUCUGUGGUUCCUGGAGGAUAGAGAUCAGAGACGAGAAGAGGAAGAUAGACAGAAGAGAGAUGAAUAUUUGCUACAGUUAACAUCAUCUGAUAACUUCAAGGAUGUGCGUUACCUAGAAAGCAAUGGUGGGAAAAGAACUGAUUUGUUAACUUUUAGUUUUCCGUCUAUCAUUGCUGCUACAGAUAAUUUCUCGGUUGCAAAUAAGCUCGGACAGGGUGGUUUUGGGCCUGUUUACAAGGGAUGUCUAAGUGAUGGGAAAGAAAUUGCAAUCAAAAGGCUUUCAAGAACAUCAGGCCAGGGGCUUGUUGAAUUCAAGAAUGAACUAAUACUCAUAGCAAAACUCCAACACACAAAUCUUGUUCGGGUUCUCGGUUGUUGCAUUCACAGGGAUGAAAUGAUGUUAGUUUACGAGUAUAUGCCCAAUAAAAGUCUAGACUUCUUUCUCUUUGAUGAUAACAGAAAGGUAGAGCUAGAUUGGGCUAAGCGAUUUAACAUCAUUGAAGGAAUCGCUCAGGGUUUGCUUUACCUACACAAGUACUCAAGAAUUUGUGUGAUUCAUAGAGAUCUAAAAGCUCAUAACAUUCUUUUAGAUGAGGAGAUGAAACCCAAGAUUUCUGAUUUUGGUAUGGCAAGAAUGUUCAAGCAGAACGAGACUGAGGCAAUGACAAGCAGGGUGGUUGGAACAUUUGGUUAUAUGUCACCUGAGUACAUAAUGGAAGGGACUUUCUCCAUCAAAUCUGACAUCUUCAGCUUUGGAGUCUUGAUCCUUGAAAUCAUCGGUGGAAGAAGAAAUAGUUGUUUUGUUCAUCUUGAUCGCACAUUCAAUCUUAUUGGAUAUGCAUGGGAGCUAUGGCAACAAGGGAAUACACUGGAGUUGGUGGAUACGACACUUAGAGGUAUUGGAGAUACUUGUUUCGUACAACAAUUCCUGAGGACUGUUCAUGUAGCACUUCUAUGUGUACAAGAAAGUGCAACGGAUAGACCAACAACUGCAGAUAUGAUCUUUAUGCUUCUCAAUGACACUACACCAUUGCCAGCUCCAAACAAACCAGCAUUCUUCAUUAGCAGAGCCGAGAAAGAGGCAACUCCAGUAGAAUGCAAACAGAAAAAUUCAAGUGGCAUGACCAUCACUGAUAUUGAAGGUCGAUAGGGCUUUAAGUUAGCUGUUUUUGUAUGAUUAUUCAUUUUUCUUCAAAUAUUCUGGGGCAUUAAUGACGAAAGAAGCCAAAAUUGAUUAA